AUAUCUUUAGAUAUCAUGUUGUAUUUUUAGGUUAGAUAUCAUGUCAAGAAAUAGUGAAAAGCAUUUUGUUGGAUUGAACAGAAUUUUUCUUAAUGAGCAAUGGACUAUAGAAAAGUCAUUGAAGCGUCCUGCAUUAAACCAGCUUGUAACUGCUGAUGAAGUUCGAAAAUGGAUACCUAGUAUUAAAAGAGAUUUAGAAUACUAUAUACAGCAGUUGAGUGGUGCACGAAAGCAUAAGUAUACAGAUAGCAAACUAAAUGAAUUUGAAAAGAAAGUAUCUUGGUUAGAAAAAGAACACCAGCGUUUUGUGAAAAAAGUUUUUGAACUUGACCCUAAUCAGCAUGGUAUUCCUUGGGAGCCAAAGUCUUAUUCCGCUAAAAGAAAAAUAGAUGAAAACUCACAAACUGAUGCAAAAAAAAAAAAACCAAUAGUUUUAAACAUUUUGAAAAAAGAGAAUGAUAAUGUUUUAAAGUAAAUUGUGAAUUUUUUAUUAGAAUUACAUAAAAGUCUUUUGCGUGGCUUAAUUAGUAUAAAAUUUAUCCUUGUUAUCUGUUGAAUUAUAAUUUUAGUUUAAUAU